UGGCCAGUUGACACAUGGGUGUGGCUGUGUACAAAUUUUGUAGGAAGCAUAUUGAAUGGUUUUAUAUCAGCGUUUUUAUAGACGAUAUCCGAAACUACCUGUUAUAAUUGAUGGACAUGGAUUACACAGCAACCCAAAGUGUGUUCAGACAGCGUAAGUUAACGUACGUUGGUCAAACUAUUGAUCCCGAAAUGAGGAACACGUCAAUGGAUGGGACAGACCCCAGCCAGCUGUUUGAUGACACCAGUGCAGCACCGGGUGUGCAGCCCACUGGGUUCCAGGGCCAGGGUGUUGGGACGAUGGGUCACCCCGGCCGGACCCUCCUCUCAGACCCCAUGUCCAACUUGGCCAUGGCUUACGGGAGCAGCCUGGCCAGCCAGGGCAAGGACUUGGUGGACAAAAAUCUGGAUCGUUUCCUCCCCAUCUCUAAGCUGAAAUAUUACUUUGCUGUGGACACAGUUUAUGUGGGCAAGAAACUCGGCCUGCUAGUCUUCCCCUACAUGCACCAGAACUGGGAAGUGAGCUACCAACAGGACACCCCAGUGGCUCCACGCUUUGAUAUCAACGCUCCUGACUUGUACAUUCCAGCAAUGGGUUUUAUCACAUACAUCCUGGUGGCUGGGUUAGCGCUCGGAACACAGAACAGGUUUACCCCUGAGAUCCUAGGCAUGCAGGCCAGCUCAGCCCUGGUGUGGCUCAUCAUGGAGGUGCUGGUUGUCCUCCUCAGUCUCUACCUGGUCACAGUCAACACAGACCUCACCACCAUCGAUCUUGUGGCCUUCUCUGGAUACAAAUAUGUGGGGAUGAUUGUAGGGGUCGUGGCAGGGUUACUAUUUGGUCGAACGGGAUAUUACCUAACGCUGCUGUGGUGCUGUAUAUCCAUCUUCGUCUUCAUGAUCCGCACGUUGAGACUAAAGCUCCUGUCUGAGGCAGCAGCCCAAGGCGUGUUGGUUCACGGGGCCAGGAACCAGCUGAGGAUGUACCUGACCAUGUCCAUCGCAGCCGCCCAGCCCAUAUUCAUGUACUGGUUGACCUAUCACCUGGUCAGGUAAGACCACGAGCUGACCAGGAGUGUUUCAUCUGACAAGACACUACCUCUCUAUGGAAAGAUAAGACUGUUCACUGACCAUCAUCUCUCCCCACCAUUCGCUGCAGAGGUGCGGGACACAUGCACGGAUAAAUAAAACCACACACAAAUGGCAUUGUAGAAUUAGCAUUGCCAAGUCUCACAGUACAAGUGUGACAGUAGUGUUGACCUGUCUUUUGUAUUGUUUUUUUAUGUAAUUGUCUAAGAAGGAUAAUUGACUGGCUUGCCAUGUUUUGUAUACUGUAAUUAGUUAGUUAUGUUUUCUAAGUAUUUGUGAACAUAUGGUUGUAUAUUAGCAAUCUAGCUUGGGUCCUCAAUCGCAAAAGCUUUGACUGAGCCAAGGAUGGAAGCACAGUUAAGGCAAAAUCAUAGCCUACGUAAGUAGGCAACGCAAGAACGAUAUUAGCUACGUAAAAUGGCUGUCCUGCAGAAUUUACAGCCCAAAAUGUGUAAUGUGUCACAACUACGCAGGGAAGCCAUUUCAUGUGGCUAAUUGUGUUCUUGCAUCACAUACUUACGUUGACUAAAAGGCUUUAACAUAAUUUGCCUGCGCCGUCCAGUGAGCACAAAAAAAUGCUCUUAAUGUCCUUAAUCAUAGGACGAUGUAUGUAAACAGAUUUGUGGAUGUGUGUUUGUAAAUACAAAAAAGGCUUUUUGUACAUGUCUGGUGUCUUGAUGCCACGAACUGAAGCCCAAUCAAAGGCUUUCUAUCAUGUAACAAAGUCAUUAAGUGAUCUUAAAUUACAGCUGAUGCUUUCUUAAACAAGCUUGACAAAAAUACAUGAGCAUAUGACACUGUAAUUGAUUUUCAGGUUUCAAACUGGAAAAAUAUUUAAUGGUUUAGAUGUUCAAUUACUAGCUUCCAUUUGAAAUGUGGGACUAAUUACUAGAAAUAUCACGCUAAAAUGGUGUUGCUUUGCCAUGCCUCAGUUGCUUUUAUGAAUAUUUGAUAUACAGAGGCGGAAUAACAUGGAUCCUCUUAUGCUCUCUACAACUUGAUAAAUAAACUGAAACUGGAGUACAAAUUUGCUAUGGCUUUUUAAAAUGUAACUUAUGAAGCUGAAUAUUUCUCAUCCAGUAUCACUAACAUACACUCAAACUUCGUUUUCUAUUGAUACAAUUUUUUUCCAACAUGAAAUAAGCUUAAAUGGACUAAGGCUAUGUUGUAUCUGUAAGAUUAACACUUUAGCCCUUUUCCCUCUCUGCCCCAAGUUAGGAUGAUAUGAUAAUCAAUAAGGAAAGCCAGUGUGUAUGAUAAAGCCUGCUUACCUUGACAUUCGCAGAUGUAUUUGUCAGAUAUUCCUGUCAAUCUUGAUCCAACACUCCUGCUCUGUCCCCACUGUCACAUGGCACAAUCAGAUAACAGAAGUUGUGGUUUACACCUUGGAUUAACAUGUGGUUGUCAUCAGAUCUUGAUCGGAUUUUGUUGCGUUACACAUGGUAAUAAAAUGUGUUUUAUCUGCCGCUGCGUCCACAUUGUGCCCAGAUGCCAUGGUCCCUCCCUGUAUACAAAUUAAUUCAACCUGUCUUGGACCUCCCGUUAUGAAACAAGCUGUAUAAAUUGAAAGGAAACGGCACGUUUUGUUUUACUCAUCAUUACUUUUUUAUCCAAUGAUUUAAGACUGGCCAUAAUAGCCUAGUGUCCCGAUUAACCUUGACCUGUCCACGGCCGUACAAAUAAAUAUUCGGAGAAUCUCUCCCAUCCCUAAAAAAGUCACCACACAAACGAGCUGAGUAUCUGGAUGUGUGUACAAAAUUGAACAGUAUAAAUAGAAAUUACACGGAGGCCCUAAUUCCCACAGUAAAAACCAAAACAAGUUCAAGUAGGCUACAAAGUGCAUCUCAGAAUGGCGCAAAGCAUUAUCCAAACAGGUUUGGACAGGGUUGUCCUUCACGCAUGGAUGUCGUCUUUAUAUUAUUGUAAUCUUGUAUUGUAAAUAACUCCUAUAUAGGCCUAAAAGGCACCGAAUUAAAAAAGCGACAGGCUGGGAGUACAACCGUGGUUUAGUUUCCUCCAAAUAAUUGAUCAGUGAUAAAUCGCUACCGGAACUUCAAUAUGAUAACCUAUAGCGAGACAUGUGGUCAAAUUACGAAAAGGCUUGGACAAAAGCUGCAAUCGAUAUAUUGGACAGUGGCCUUGUUCAUGCUUACAGAAAGCUAUGUGACUUCUAAAUAAUAAAAUCAAAAAGGACUGGAUUGUAAUACCAAUGUAUUGUUUUCAUAUCUGAUAGGCCAAUAGCAACUGAAAUGGACUUCACUACCCGCUAGAUUUAAAUGUACAGGUGGAAAAUUUGGUAUACACAGUACUUGUCAUGCACUGAGCUUUUCUGCUGCGACCCAAAGAUUGUAGUUGUAUUGUUUUGUAUCUUUUAACAUUGUGUUAUAUUUAAACUGUGCUACUUUAGGAUUUUACUAUUUGUUAAUAAUCUAUGAUUGAACAUUUAUUUACAAUUUAGUCUUUGAAUGUGAGAAACCAAUAAAAUGUACUUACACUA